AUAUAACUGGAGACUGGGACCAGGUAGAUAAGGAUGCUUCUAUAUCAAGCAAGCAGUGGAUCACAUAUCAGUACGGGUGUUUAAAAUACAGUAGCAGGAAGAAUAUUGUGAGCAAGAUGUACAAGGGAGACGCAGGCUACUGCAGCACAUACAGAGGUGAGGUGUGUAGUGCUAUCUUGGCGAAGAAUGCUCUUGUUUUCUUCAACUCCUCCUAUGCUGACCCAGAGGAGACCCAAGAGCUGCUUGUGCAUACUGCCUGGACUGAACUGAAAAUGGUGAGUUCAUUCUGCCAACCAGCUGCUGAGUCUCUGCUGUGUAACUACGUCUUCCAGGAGUGCAAUCCCUCGGGAGCUGGGCCAGCUCCAAAACCAGUGUGCAGAGAGAAUUGCCUUGCUGUAAAGGAUCUCUACUGCUUUAAGGAAUGGCUCUCAAUGGAAGAAAACUCUCAGAAGGGGAUUUACAAGCCAGGGCUGUUGCUGCUCACUCUUCCUGAAUGCAACAGGCUGCCCAGCCUGCACCAGGAUCCCAGUGCCUGCACCCACAUUCCUUUCUUUGAUUUUAAGAAGGAGAAUAUAACCAGGACUUGCUACAGCGGCAAUGGCCAGUUUUACCAGGGCUGGGCCAACGUCACGGCCUCUGGCAUUCCCUGCCAGAAGUGGAGCGACCAGGCUCCCCACUUGCACAGGAGGACUCCUCAGGUUUUUCCUGAGCUGUCUGAUGCCGAAAAUUACUGCCGCAAUCCAGGAGGUGAGAAUGAACGUCCUUGGUGCUACACAAAAGACCCAUCUGUGACCUGGGAAUACUGCAGCGUGUCUCCCUGUGGAGAUGCAUUGUUAUCACUAGGAACAAGAAAACCAAAUGGAGAGACUCCAGAUCUCCCCCCUCCUCCUCCCUUUUCCCCUACAUACUCCAUGACUGUUAUCAUCUCGAUCAUCUCCAGCUUUGCCCUGGUCGUGAUCCUUGGCAUUGUCACCCUGGUUUGCUGCCGUCAGCGAAAGCAGUGGAAAACCAAAAAAAGAGAUUCAGAGACACCAACGCUCACCACUUUGCCUUCCGAACUCCUUCUGGACCGGCUGCACCCCAACCCAAUGUACCAGCGGAUGCCUCUUCUCCUCAAUCCAAAAUUGCUCAGCCUGGAGUAUCCCAGGAACAAUAUUGAAUAUGUGAGAGAUAUUGGGGAAGGAGCAUUUGGGAGAGUCUUCCAAGCAAGGGCCCCAGGGCUGCUGCCAUAUGAGCCUUUCACAAUGGUGGCAGUGAAAAUGCUGAAGGAGGAAGCGUCUGCAGACAUGCAAGCUGACUUUCAGAGAGAGGCAGCCCUCAUGGCAGAGUUUGACAAUCCAAAUAUCGUCAAGCUUUUAGGUGUGUGUGCUGUUGGGAAACCAAUGUGCCUGCUGUUUGAGUAUAUGGCCUAUGGGGAUCUCAACGAGUACCUGCGUGACCGCUCGCCCCGCAACCUCUGCAGCCUGGUGCGCAGUAGCCUGGAUGCGCGGAUCCGCCUUCCCAACCCCCUGGCCCUGUGCUGCACCAGCCAGCUCUGCAUUGCCAAGCAGGUGGCUGCUGGCAUGGCGUACCUCUCCGAGCGCAAGUUUGUCCACCGGGACUUGGCUACCAGAAACUGCCUGGUGGGGGAGAACAUGGUGGUCAAAAUCGCUGAUUUUGGUCUCUCAAGGAACAUGUAUUCAGCCGACUAUUACAAAGCGAAUGAGAACGAUGCCAUCCCCAUCCGCUGGAUGCCCCCUGAGUCCAUCUUCUACAACCGCUACACCACAGAGUCUGAUGUGUGGGCCUAUGGCGUGGUGUUGUGGGAAAUCUUCUCCUACGGCAUGCAACCCUACUAUGGGAUGGCUCAUGAGGAGGUAAUCUACUAUGUGAGGGAUGGGAAUGUCCUCUCCUGCCCAGACAAUUGUCCCCUGGAGCUCUACAACCUGAUGCGCCUCUGCUGGAGCAAGCUGCCUGCUGACCGGCCAAGCUUCGCCAGCAUCCACCGCAUCUUGGAGCGCAUGUACGAGAGGGCUGUGGCCACCCCAUUGGUCUAA